AUGGAGCCCCUCGACGACCCGCCAGCGAGCACCGAUGAUGGUGUAGCCUCAGCCAUCGACAGCAAGAAGGCCGAUGUCGCUCAUUCUGCGGAAGCCGGUGCUCAGACCAGCCCGACGUCGGAUGGCCUCUCGGCCCCAAUGCCAAUUUCCGAUCCCAACGCGGCAACCCUGAGCAGCAAUGACCGGGCACGCAUCCGAGCCGAGCUGCUCGCAAAACAACAGUCGUCCAGCGAGUUCGUUUUGGCACCCAGUAUCGAGGCGCAUGAGUCCGAGCCCCGAUCCAUUGCUUCCGCCGGCUCAUCAAGCCCAACGCAAGCACUGUCGACUAUCGAGCCGCCCAUCAGCCCGUCGCCUGGCUCCCCCAGCAAACUCCGGAACGAUAAGAUCGAGCUGGCCGUGGCUUUCCUCACAAACCAGUCUAUCCAGAACGAGCGCCUGUCCAAGAAAAUCGAGUUUCUCCAGUCAAAGGGGCUGACUCCAAACGAAGUCAAUGCCGCACUGGAGCGUGCCGCCCAGAACCCAUCCGCCGGUACAGCUGCGGGCGUUACGGAGAGUCCAAGGCCGCCCAAUACCAACCAGCAAUCUGUUGGUGCGCUGCAGGGCCCUGCUCAUCCUAUUCCUCCGCCACUCCCGCCCCGGCUUCCACAUUCCAUGCCCCACUACUAUCAUCCUGUACCGGCCCAUCGCGACUCCAUUCCACCGCUGAUCAAAUACUGGGUUGUGAUCGUGGUUGUGUGUGGCGGCCUUGCUGGUCUGGUUUUGGGCUGGGUCAAGAUAUACGGCAUCAAGAUGUACAAUUCCUUCGUAGCAGCCCUAUCAGAUCGCAUCGGUGUUCAGAAGAAGCUCUUUCUUUCUUUCGCCGAGCAAGUGCUUUCGCUUGGAAAGUACUAUGGCACCAGCACCGACGCCGAGACGAGCCCAUCUGGCAGCAGCAAAAGCCUGACCUCAGCAACCAGGAGCCAGGUCCGGAGCGUAAGCAGCAGCAUCAAGAAGGCAAAGUUAUUGCUCAAGCAAAUCCAAAGCAAUGGCAGCAGCCAUUCGGACGAGUCGCUGCAAGAACUCAAGGUGUCGCUGCUGCAGCUGUCCCAGUACGUCACCCACAAAAUCUACUUCAACCCUGGAGCCAGCACCCUGGCCAACUACCCGAAGCAUCCCGCUGGUAGCGAUGGCGAGAGCGAUGCCUUCUUGUCAGCCGCACAGGAACUCAAGAGCGAGAUCCGGGGGCUCAAGGGCGCUCUGUUGAGCCGUCGCAACUUUCCAGUCAUUGGCACCACGGCACCCGAAGCAGCCACGGCAGACAUCCGGGCCUGA